AUGGAGUUCGAGAAUGCCGUCAAGGGUGAAAAUUCCAAAAGGGCUUUACAAGCGAGUUCGUUAAACACCCUUUUACCAAACAUUCAAGAACAUGAUCCGUGCUGUAAGGAAGCUGAUGAUAUCGACAGCGAUGGAUCCGUAAACACUGAUGGCAAAUUUGUCAUGGGGAAGGCGUUGUUGUGUAUGAAAGACACGGAAUUGGUGGUGGUAGUCACUUUGGAAGGAAGACAUGGAAGUCAAUUUGAGAAUGGAAGACAUGCUGGAAAAUACUUAAGGUACAAUCCUGAUGAUUAG